GGGGCUAUUCAAAUAAGACGUGUUUUCACAUGGUUUAUGGUGAUUUUGUAUUAUUUUGUAUUCCAAAUAAACAUCAAAAGUCUUACCAUUGAACAAGUCAACCAAUAAAGCGACCAUAUAAACCUCACAAAUCAAGCUUUCAACUCCAUCACCACUUCUACCACCAUGGCCGGACCUUUCAACUUUCUGCCGAUUCUUCUCUUGCCUCUAUUUACAUUUUCGGUUUUCGGUGAAGACGUGUUUGUGAGCAUAAACUGCGGGGAAUCGGAGUCCUAUGUCGAUCCAGAUAACUUCAUCCCUUGGACUCCAGACGAUACAUUGAUCUCAAAUGGUGUUGCUCGAGUGGUACAGUCUAGUAACAAAAACUCUGAUCCGGUUAUGGACACCCUUAGGGUUUUCACAACUAGGAAGAAAAACUGCUAUUCUGCCGAGGUUACACGGGGCCAAAAGGUCCUUGUUCGAGCUAGUUUUAACUAUGGAAACUAUGACAAAUUGUCAAGUCCUCCAACUUUCGAUCUCCACUUUGAUGGAAACUUUUGGACCACCGUUGAGACUUCGCUUACUGAGGUGAUAAUGCAUGAAGUAACUUAUGUCGCAAAAGGAGACGAGGUUAGUGUGUGUGUAGCUCAAACGAAGCCCAACCAGUUCCCGUUUAUGUCGGCUCUUGAAAUCCGUAGUGUUGACUCGGAUGUUUACAGCGACGUUGAUGAGAGUCGGGCUUUGAUCUUAAACUUUAGGUCUUCUUUUGGUGCAAGUCAAUUAGUAAGGUUUCCAAAGGAUCCUUAUGACCGUAUAUGGACACCUUCUGCAACAGCCGCGGGUGUCCAAAGCGAAGCAAUUUUUAUCAACUCGACCGGACCCAAUAAUCCACCAAGCGAUAUUUUACAAACUGCGAUAGUUGGAAGCACGUCGAAUCCUUUAACAUUCGCUCAAGUCCCCCCUUCGGGUGCAAGCUUCUAUCUAACAAUGUACUUUUCAGAAGUUAGCGACCUAGGUUCUACUCAAACAAGAUCGUUUAGGAUUUAUGAGAGCUCAACAACCCGAAGUGGUCCUUUACAACUCCCAAUUUCACCACCUUAUGAAGCCGUCGAUGUACGAAGCCUUAGUAACUACACAGUUGAUUCUCUCACCAACAUUUCUUUAGUUGCUACCACUGAUUCUGAUCUACCCCCAAUCAUAAAUGCCGCGGAGGCAUUUAGAAUUAGCGGAGUUUUAACUGAUGGUACCGAUCUCAAUGAUGUUAAAGCUUUAGCUUUGUUACAAGAUACAUUCGACGUGUUAGGAGAAUGGAGUGGUGACCCAUGUCUUCCAGCAUCGUACUCGUGGGACUGGCUAAACUGCAGCGACGAUGCUACGCCUCGCGUUACCUCAUUGUAUCUUGAUAGUUUCGAGCUUUCGGGUUCAUUUCCGGAUAUUAGCUCCAUGGAUGCUCUUGAGAUCAUUGAUUUGCACAAUAACACCUUGACCGGAACAAUUCCUGAUUUCCUUGGCUCCAUGUCUAAUCUCCAAGAACUGAAUUUGGCAGAUAACGAGUUUAGUGGAAGCAUACCCGCUACAUUAUCAAAGAACAAAAAAUUGAAACUAAAUGUUACUGGUUCGUUUUGUACACCUGGUAAGUCCUGCGCGAGUUCAAGUUCUCCAGGAGGGAGCACGGGUGUAACAAAGAGCAAGAAAAGCAGCUCGCUACCACUAGUCCUCGGCAUCACGAUCCCUGCCUUCUUUCUUGUUUGGGUUGCCGUGGGUAUAUUUAUCGUCUUGCGUAAGAAAAGAAAACCUGCCAACAUGAACAUGCCAGUCGUUACAGGUGGCGGGGCAAAUGGGGAUGCCAACGGGUUGCAUAAGAUUGGUGAAGGAAUGGUACACGAGAUGAUGGAAAAUGUAGGGCAACAAACAUUCGGAUCACCUUCACCGUUACUUGAUAAUGAUCAAACUAGCGAUCUAUAUGGACAAAAAGGAGUACAAAAUCCAUGAUGUGUUUGUUGUAAAUCAUAAUGCUAUAUUUAUUUGUUUUGAUCUUUGAAACACAAGAAAAUCUUUAUUCGGUUUGUAAAUCUUAAUGUUAUAUUUAUUUUUUAUGAUGUCGUA